AUGGCAGGACGUCCGUACACCUCCCUUUUCCUGCUGGUUUCUCUGCUUCUUCUACUCACAUUCUCUGAUGUGGCUGAGGGUUACAACAAGCUUCGUCCUUCAGAGUGCAAGCCGAGAUGUACUUACCGUUGCUCUGCCACAUCGCACAAGAAGCCAUGCAUGUUCUUCUGCCAAAAAUGCUGCGCCACAUGCCUAUGCGUUCCUCCAGGCGUUUAUGGCAACAAACAAGUUUGCCCUUGCUACAACAACUGGAAGACCCAAGAAGGACGACCCAAAUGCCCUUAA